AGUCCAUUAACAUUUCUUCCAACCCCAACCACUAAAACACCAAUGGAAAACAAAGGCUACCAAGACUUACUUCCUGUGAUGGCUGAGAAGCUACAACUAACCACCUUCAUGGAGGAGCUCUGCGGCGGUUUCCGCCUGCUGGCGGACGAGAAGCUCAGCCUGAUCACCCCCGAAAGUUUGAGAAAGAAUUCAAGAUUUCUUGGAAUGGAAGGCAUGAGCAAGGAAGACUCGGAAGAUAUGGUCAUGGAAGGAGACCUUGAUGGCGACGGGUUCUUGAACGAAACCGAGUUUUGCAUACUCAUGGUUAGACUUAGUCCAGAAAUGAUGGAAGAUGCAGAGAUGUGGUUGGAGAAAGCCAUUGAUGAUGAGAUCAAGAAAGUUUCUACUUCAUCACCUGCAGUUAACUGAUCAAUGGUUUUGUUUAUGUUCAAUAAUUAUUAAUCUUAAUCUGUUCAUAUCUUUUUUAUUAAUGCUAAUUAUAACUACCUAUUGAUAUGUAUUAUGGGCCGUUAAUAUAAACUUAGUUCAGAUUU